GAAGAAGUUUUGGUAUAACAGCCCUACCCUGGGAUCUAAAUUGAUGUAUAAACCAACCAAGUUUGCCACUGUAAUGAAAGAUGACCAGACAAAAACUAGGAAGGAAGAUAACAUACGCCUCAGAGUCUUGAAUAGUCUUAUCCAUAAAGCUGUGGCAGACAUGAUGACUACCUGUGAAGUUAAUCAAGAACUUUAUGAUCUCAAGCUGGAAGUCUGCAAGGUGUCCCUGGCAUCAAACUUUUCAGCGUGUCGUGUGUACUGGAAUCCUGGUGCUACUACGGAGAAAGAAAGUUAUGUUGAAAGUGUACUGCAGAAGAGUGCUCCACGUAUACGGUAUCUUCUGACGAGUCAGCAGAUUCUAGGAAAUGUGCCCCCAAUAGUAUUUGUGAAAGACAAAGAAGCUGCAGCUGUAAAAGAGAUUGAGGAAUUAUUGUCAAUUGCUGAUUUUGGACCUACAGAAGAAGUAGAAACACUCUCUCAGAAUGAUUCUAGUAAACUGUUCUCUUCAGCAACUCAAUCUUCAGAUUCAUCCAUGCGGUCUAAUCUUUUUGGUAUUGAUCAUGAACUGCUGAAUAAGCAGAUAAUGGACUACAAAAGACUGAAAGUGUCAAGAGAUAUAGAAAGCAUUGCUUGGACAGAAGAGCAGGAGCAGCAGCUUUCUAAGAUUCGAAAGAAAAUAAAAAAGAAAAAACCAAAGAAUUUUCCUGAUGAUGACAUUACACCACAGAAAUACUUACUGGACAGAUACGAAGCUGAUUACUGGGAUGAUAACACUGAAUCAGUCUCGGACUAUGAGCUCGAGUAUGAAUUACAGGAAGAGGCAAAUGAAUUGGAGGCGGAUGGUGGCAAAACUCUAAGUCAGCCUACUAAUAAACUGAAAUGA